AUGGCGGAGCUGGGCGGCGUUCUAGUUCCCGCUGAGCACCUUGGCCCACAUGGCUUCGGCUUCUGCAACCUCGAGAACAUCCGGCCGGUUCGGCCGGCUGAGCCUCCUGCUGAGGACGAAGUUCCAGCCGCAAGAGGUGCAGGUGUGAAAGGUGUUUCCAUCAGCCGGCCGAGGAGUUCCUCGCCGGUGAAGGAAGUUUCGCGUUCGUUCCAGAUGCUCAUUGACCAGCUGAUCCAACAGCACAUCACCGAGUUGGGCGCCACGCGCUCCGAACGCUUCGAGCGGAGCUCUGAGCGGCGGCGGACCGAGGAGUCGAGCGUCUUCACCGACCCCAGAUCAGACAAGACCCUGGACUUGGAGAUGUGCAGCGGCAAUUCCGAGAACAUGGCCUCAACAGGACUCCCGGCAGCGCCGCAUCUUCUGAAGAUGAAGAGCACGGUCAAUGACGUCAUGAGUCAGCAGAAGCGCGCCUUGCCUGAGCUGCACGCGUCACAAAUUUUGGAGGCUUGGGAAGAGCACUCGGGCCCUGGCUCUUCGGAGAAGGAUGGUGGUUUGCCAUUCGAGUCAGGAGCCGACAUGGCCAUUCUGCUGCUGGAGACGCCCUCCGAGUAUUUGGAGCGCUACAGGAAGAUGACAAGGCUGGAGAAGAUGGAGCUUGCCUUGCAGUCCAACUUCUACGAGAUGCUGAUGGCCGUGUUGCUUUGCAUCAACAUGAUGUGGAUGGCGUUGGAGAUCCAGAUUAGCGGGUCCAUGUCUGGUGCAGACCUGGGCAUUUUCCAGUCGGGACUCAUCGCCGAGUCAGACAUGAAGGCUUACGAGGAUUGGCUCCACGCGGGUGAAGUGGCCUUCACACUCAUCUUUGCCACCGAUGUGCUGGUCCGAGUGUGCAUUCUGCGCUCGAAGUUCUGGAAGGUAUGGCUCAAUUACAUCGACGUUGCCAUCUCGGUCACUAACAUCUUCGAAGCUGCCAUCGCCAUGUACUCCAGCUCAACUGCGCUGCCAUUUCCACCGGUGCUCUUCCGACUGCUUCGUCUGGGGAAGCUUGCGAGAGCGAUCCGGGUUGUGUCCAUGACCUCGGUUCUGGCCUCGUUACAACUGUUGGUGAAGUGCUUAGGCUCCAGCAGAGACAUGCUGUUUUGGAGCUUCUGCCUCCUCACCUUCGUGCAGUGUGUGGCGGGUAUGAUCCUCAGCACAUUGACCAUCGACUUCAUUAAAGAUGAGUCCAAGUCCGCCGACGUGCGGUCAGCGGUGUUCCUUUACUACGGCACCUUCUCCCGGACGACCCUUUCCAUGUUCGAGAUUCUUUUUGCCAACUGGAGUCCUUGUUGUCGGAUCCUCGUGGAGAAUGUCAGCGAAUGGUUUUCCGUGUUCUUCUUGCUCUACAGGUGCGUGCUGGGCUUUGCGAUCCUGAACGUGGUCAACUCUGUCUUCGUGCAGCAGACGAUGAAGACGGCCAGCUCUGACGAGGAGCUGGCCUUCAAGCAGAAGCAGCGAGAUGCUGACCUGUACACGAAGAAGGUUCGCAAGCUGUUCCAGACCAUGGACUCCAGUGGGGAUGGCGCAAUCAACUUGGAGGAGUUUGCAAAGCUCGUGCAGUCGCCGAAGUUGCGUUUCUGGAUGAGCCAGCUCGAGUUGGAAUAUCACGAUCUUCUGAGCCUUUUUGAAUUUCUUGACAACGGAGAUGGCCAAAUCACGCUACUUGGAGACAUCAGCUCUUUUGAUUUGAGACCUUGA